AUGAACCACGGUGAUAAUGUUUCUGAAAAUACUUCAAUUAUUUCUUCAUCAUUAUGUAAUGGAUAUGAAAAUACUAAAAAUAGUUUAGAUAAUAAUAAAAGUUAUUCCCUUUUAAAAUAUAAUCAAAUAACAACUGCUCAAAAUGAAUUGAUUUCUAUUCAAAGAUCUUUAAUUAGGGAAUUAUUAAAAGAUUCAAAAGAAUUUCAAGAAAAAUUUGGUAAUAAUUAUAAUACUAAAAAUAGUAAUCAACAUGAGGAUUUGGAAUGUGAUGCUAUGCAUACCAAUGUAGAAAGUAUUCGUGAUGAAAUUUGUUUCGUAAAAAGUUUUAGAGAUUUAGUUAAAGGAUCAGAUGGCAAGAUCGAUAAUAUAAAAUUCGGAAAUGUAUUCUCUACCAAGAAUAAAAAAAAUGAUUAUACAUUCGGUCAAAUUGAGCAGAAUAAUGGAUUCGUAUAUCCAGAAAAUUCACAAAAUCAUUUCUCCCCUCCACAAAAUCAUUUCUCUCCUCCACAAAUUAAAGAAAAUGAUAACAUCAUCAAUUUGCCAAAUUCACCGAAUUUAUAUAAAGAAGUAACUAAAGGAGGAAGUUCUACGAAAGUCAAUGGGGCUUCUUUCUCUAACGAAUUUCCCAGAGUUAGAAAUGAUUUUGUUUCAUCCGGACAAAAUGGACAACAUGGACAAAAUGGAUACUAUGGACAAAAUGGACAACAUGGACUAAAUGGAGUACAUGGACAAAAUGGAGUAUAUGGACAAAAUGGACAACAUAGACAAAAUGGACAACAUGAACAAAAUGAUAAUUUGCAAUCGACAUCUACAUCUGAUUAUCAAGGAAAUUAUAAUGAAACGAAUGAAAUCAAUGAAGAUUUUUUUGGAGAAUACAAAGGAUUCAAUUCAAUUUACGUGGGUAUCGGUAAAGAAAAUAUUGAUGUGCAUCAACUCAAACAAUGUCUAGAGAAUAAAUUUGGACAUGUUAGAUUCAUUAGAAUUAUUCGUAAUAAGAACUGCGCAUUUGCAGAAUUCGAGGAAAAAGAGUGUUUCUCGACUGCUAUUGAAUCAGGUUAUGUAACUUUAAACGGAUUAAAUUUAAAGAUCAAUAAAACUUUUAGGAAAAAAAAAGAAAAUUAA